AUGGAGGCGUGGGGCUUUAUUCUUCAGCUCUCUUUUCUAGCCCUUAGUAUGAAGGGAAUUAAUGCCGAGAAACCUGCUUGCAACAGCGAGAUAUUCUGCCGCGGCGAUCUUCUUCACACCGUUCAAAUGGCUCGUAUUUUUAACGACUCCAAGACGUUUGUUGAUAUGAGACUCCAGAGUGACGAAGCGGACGUUUUGCAGGCAUUCAAGGCUCUUGGACCAUCGGCUAACAUAUCGAAAGAACAAGUGAUCAAGUUUGUGAAUGAAAAUUUUCAUCACGUAGGACAUGAUUUGCAACAGUGGACUCCACUCGACUGGCGAGAAAAUCCCGCUUUUAUUGAUCACAUAAAGGACAAGAACUUGAAGACCUUUGCAUCGAAGCUCAAUGAGUUAUGGAAGAAGCUGGGAAGAAAGAUAACUGACGAAGCGCGAAUGUACCCCGCGCGAUCUUCUUUGAUUUUAGUGGCAAAUCCAUUUGUUGUUCCUGGUGGUAGAUUUCGAGAAUAUUAUUACUGGGACUCGUACUGGGUUGUAAAUGGUUUACUCGUUUGCGGCAUGAAAGACACUGUCAAAGGAAUGAUUGACAACUUCAUUCAGCUGGUUAACACCUUCGGGUUUGUUCCAAAUGGGGGUCGCAUUUACUACACAAAUCGAAGCCAGCCUCCAUUUCUAAUCCCAAUUGUGGGCCUUUAUCUCAACAAAACUGGCGAUGUAGACUAUGUGAAGUCCAUUUUGAAUGCCCUGGAGAAAGAAUACACAUUUUGGAGGAAAAAUCGCACUGUUGAAGUUGAAUUGUCUUCUGGAAAAUAUAAGCUGUCCAUCUACGCUGCAAACAUGAACACCCCAAGACCGGAGUCUUAUUAUGAAGAUAUUCACACUGCUCAAGAAGUACCUGAAGACGCCAGAUCAACUCUGUUCCAAGACAUAGCAUCCGCUGCCGAGAGUGGCUGGGAUUUCUCGACCCGAUGGUUUAACCAUACUGAUUACAAGAGGGGGUCCCUCAGUAGUACCCGGACAAGGCAGAUCAUACCCACAGAUUUGAACAGUAUUCUCUAUGCUUGCGAGAAUCUACUGGAAAAGUUCUUUCGUAUGACCGGAAACACUGCUAAAGCAGAUGAGUAUAAAAGCUUCUCGGAGGCCCGUGCAGCUGCUAUAGAAGCUGUAUUAUGGGACGAAAAGGGACUAUGGCUUGACUACGAUCGGCAAUUGAAGAAAAGAAGGGGUGAUUUUUAUGCGUCAAGCGUGGUUCCACUCUGGGCUGGGGUUAUUCGGGGCAACAUUUCAAGAGAGAUGAUAGUUCUGAGGACGCUCAAGAGACUUAGAGUCCUCGAUUACCCUGGGGGUCUCCCCACCUCGUUGUUCUCAUCAGGUCAGCAAUGGGAUUUUCCAAAUGCAUGGCCACCCUUGCAACAUAUGCUUAUUGCAGGUCUUGCAGAAUCAAACGGCGAAGGGAUGAAACAGGAAGCCUUGAAUUUCGCUCAGAAGUGGAUCACUACCAACUACAAGGCGUGGCGUGCUACCAGUCAUAUGUUUGAGAAAUUCAACGUGAGCGUUCAAGGUGCCCCAGGGGGCGGGGGUGAGUAUGAUAUUCAAGUCGGGUUUGGUUGGACCAUUGGAGUCAUUCUAGACCUGUUACAACGAUACCCAGACGAGUUGGUCAGCGGACAAGCGCACACAACACUUGUUAGAAAUCCACCACCAAAAGCCAGCGGAUAUCUGGUAGCGGCAACCAACACCUUUCUUAUUUGCAGUAUUGUUUUGAUAGUAUUUGGAAUCUAGUCUCGUACCCACACGGUUACACGGUAGGAUCUGGGUAUGAUACGAGAUUAUUUAGAAACUAAGGUACCUCUGUCACACCUCAAUUUUUCCUGACGUGACAGAUGUCACGCAAGAGUCAUAAUAUAGGCUUCGUAGACAAUUAGAUAGACUUUCAAACCUCAUUUAACAUACUCGUUCCAUAUCAAACGAUUAUGUCAAUUACAACGGUAUUUAGCAUUUUUGUUACAUUGUGGUUUAGAAGUGUAAACUUAUUAGGGUCAGGUUUCAAUAAUAAAGGGGAGGGUAGGGUAGGGGAUAGUCGCUGGGAUGGAGGAAACCCUCGAGUGACCGAGUCGGAAUUGGUUUAUUUCUAAAUUUGAUAGAUUGAGAACUUCUGUGCCUGUUUUAUGGACCAAUCAAAUUAUGAUGUAGAGCAAUACUAAAAGCUAUCGGAUUUCUUUCGAUACAGUUGAAAAAAGCUCUAUCUAUCUUUCUCUUUUAACUUCGGGUUGACGAAAGUACCCUGGAUUAUGUAGAGGGUGCGAGAAAUUCCAGAAAAAUAAUUCAAAUGAGAAGUUUGCUCUUCAUUUACAUGCGUAAACAUUCAUGUUACAGAGUAAACUGACCAUGAUUUCUAGAAAUUAAUCACUAGGAAAAAUUUAGGGCUAAAAACAUUUUAUGAAUGUACAGCAUAUGGAACUGCUUGACACUUUACUCUUUAACUUUGACCUUCGAAUCGGAUUAAGUAAAAAGUCAAGAU